CCUCGUCGUCUAGAUCUCCCUUCGUCAACGCAGCCACUCACGACGACGGUAAGGAGGUCACUGGUCACCUUCCGAACGCGACUGACUACACGAUGUAUAGAAAGAAGUACACUGCACAGCAAACCAUGCAUACUACAGAUCUGCAUUCUGCAGUGGAGAGCUGCUGGAUCGGAACCUCCCCGGCGCCGCCAUGGCCGCAGCGGUCACUGCUGCUGUCUUCGUUCUCUUCGCCGCCAUGAGUACUACGCGAGCGCCUGCGGCACUCGUCGAGCAAACCUUCGUUGUAAGCAGCUUGCAUAUCUUGUUUGAUUUGACUGACCUGCACAUCUCUGCUACUUCCUGAGAACUCUGAAAACCAGCACACAGCCGGCCGUUCUGCAUGCAUUCUUAGCAAGCCAUUGACGACGAGAGCUAGCCUGGUCUUGGUCUGUAUAAUGAUGGGAGACCAUGGUCACCGUGGUGAACGGGCAGCUGCCGGGGCCGGUGAUAGAAGCCACCGAAGGUGACUCCGUGGCAGUUCACGUCGUGAACCAGUCGCCCCACAACCUGACAAUACACUGGCACGGGGUGAAGCAGCAGCGGAACUGCUGGGCCGAUGGCGUGCCAAUGGUCACCCAGUGCCCCAUCCUGCCGGGCCACAACUUCACCUACCGGUUCGACGUGGCCGGGCAGGAAGGGACGCUGUGGUGGCACGCGCACGUCUUCAGCCUCCGCGGCACCGUGCACGGAGCCUUCAUCAUCCGGCCGAGACGACGCGCCGACGACGACUCGUAUUACCCGUUUCCCAAGCCUCACGCGGAGGUCCCCAUCGUCAUAGGGGAGUGGUGGGAGACGGACCUGGAGCAGAUGGACAGGGACUUCGCGCACGGCCACCUCGACGACCAGCCCAGCGCGGCCACCAUCAACGGCAAGCUUGGAGACCUAUUCCGCGCCUGCGAGGGGGCCGGCGUGGAGGACGGGUACGUGCUGGACGUCGAGCCUGGCAAGACGUACCUGCUACGGGUCGUCAACGCCGCCCUCUUCUCCGAGUACUACCUCAGGAUCGCCGGCCACGUGUUCACGGUGGUCGCCGGCGACGCCAACUACGUCAGGCCGUACCGCACCGACGUCCUCGCCGUCUCGCCCGGCGAGACGGUGGACGCCCUGGUGGUCGCAUCAGCGCGCCCCGCCUCGUCGUACUACAUGGUCGCUAAGCCCAUCCUGACGCCGCCGCCGGACCCCCAGAUCCCGGCGUUCGCCACCAGAGCCACGGUGCGGUACACGACGGCGUACAGCAGCGGCGCGCCGAGGUCGUCACGUCGUCGUCGUCCGAGAUCGUCAUCAGAUGAUGACGCUCCUGUGGCGCCCGAGAUGCCGGACGACUACGACAUGAUGACGUCCUUCUACUUCCGCGGCAACCUGACCAGCCUGCGCCGGCAACCGGUUCCGUCGGCGCAGGCGGACGAGCGUAUGUUCGUGGCGCUGGCGCUCGGGUCCGUCUGCCGGCGGCGAGGCCAGCGGUGGUGCGAGCGAGGGGACAGCGACGAGACCAUCACCGUGGCGACCAUGAACAACGUCUCCUUCGAGCUGCCGCCCGCGGCGGCGACGACCCCGAUGCUGGACGCGUACUACCGCAACAGAAGCGGCAACGGCGUGGACGACGACGACGACGACGUGGCGGUGGUGGUCCGGCUCCCUGACGUGCCACCGAGGGCGUUCAACUUCACGGACCGCGCGCUGCAGCCGACGGGGCCCGAGGAGGAGGAGCUGGAGCCGACGAGCAGGGCGACGGCGGUGCGGCGGUUCCGGCACGGGGCCGUGGUGGACUUGGUGUUCCAGAGCACGGCGCUGUGGCAGGGCGACUCCAACCCCAUGCACCUGCACGGGCACGACAUGUUCGUGCUCGCCCAGGGGCUCGGGAACUACGACGCGGCGAGGGACGUGGCGAGGUACAACCUGGUGGACCCGCCGGUGAGGAACACCGUCCUCGUCCCCAGCCUCGGUUGGGCCGCCGUCAGAUUCGUCGCCGACAAUCCAGGGAUGUGGUUCAUGCACUGCCACUAUGAUUUCCAUUUGUCCAUGGGCAUGGCUGCAGUGUUCAUUGUGGAGGAUGGGACGACGGCUGACACUUCUCUGCCUCCACCGCCGGCGGUAGUCUCAUCGUGUAGCCAUGGCAAUGUUCUGAUGCCUGGAGAAAUUCUUCCUCAAAGCUAAAUGACCACAGCUGUUCAUGCAUACGCGUGUGGCGAGUCUAACUCUCGGCACCAGCUUGAUGAUUAGCUAAACCAGCAAUUGGACAACAAGAUUUGCUAUGCAUGGUUUUAAAGUCCCCCCCCCCCCACUUGUGGUUACAGUAAGACCUUGUUCGUUUGUGCCGGAUUGGUGAGUCGGAACGAUUUCUAAUCGGAUUGCUUCUCUAAUUUAUAUAAACUUUGAUUAGCUGGAACGAUUCCGGCUGCAAUCCGAUAGAAACAAACAAGGCCUAAAGCAGUAAAUAAGUAUAAAUUUGUUGCUACAUAUAUAUCUAGUAACUUUUCGAGUAAAA